AUGCCGAAAGUAGUUUUCUAUUAUUUCCCCGUGAAGGCCUUGGGAGAGAGCAACAGGUUGCUGUUGGCGUACGGUGGUCAGGAGUUCGAAGACCGCCGCGUUGCUAUGGAACAGUGGCCCGACUUUAAACCAAAGACGCCGUUCGGUCAGAUGCCGGUGCUGGAAAUAGACGGCAAAAAGUACGCCCAGAGCUUUGCGAUUGCGCGCUACCUCGGUCGCAAAUACGGCCUGACCGGCGACAACAUCGAGGAAGACUUCGAGAUCGACCAGAACGUAGAUUUCGUUAACGACUUGCGAGCCAAGGCUGCAUCAGUGAAAUACGAAACAAAUGAGGAGGCUAAGAAGCAGAAGCACGAGGAGAACAUGAAGACUCACUACCCGUUCAUGCUGAAGACACUUAAUGAUAUUAUCGUCAAGAAUAAGGGCCACCUUGCGCUCGGAAAGCUGACUUGGGGAGACUUUGUAUUUGCGGGCAUGUACGACUACCUCAAAGUGAUGCUACAAAUGCCUGACCUCGACAGCAAGUACCCGGCCUUCAAGCAGUUAGUUGACAAGGUGCUGUCACUGCCCAAGGUGAAGGAGUACGUCGCCAAGGCACCAAUUACCGAAAUUUAAAAGAUG